AUGAUGGGCACCACUGCUCGCGUGGAGGACUUCAGGGCCUGCUUCGGCAAAGUUCGACCGCUGAUGGUGAAUUUCAUUGCAUGCUUCGGUGUCUUGCCGGCAGUUGCUUUGGUCAUCGGCCAUGCUCUGGAUCUUGAGGAGGAUUUCAUGGUGGGCCUGGUGCUGAUGGCUGGGGUGAAUGGAGGAUCCGCCUCAAACCUUUUCGCGCUGCUGGCGGGUGGUGAUGUGGCCCUCUCUGUGCUGAUGACGAUCACCACCACUCUGGGGGCAGUGAUUUGCACUCCAUUGGUGGCAGAGUUCUUCGUUGGCGCCCUGGUGCCUGUGGACACCUUGGGGAUGCUUCGGUCAGCAGUCGAGGUUGUGCUGCUUCCCAUCCUUUGUGGAGUGGCGACCCGGGCAGCACUGCCAGCGACCAUUGAGAAGUUGGAGCCACUGAUUCCUACACUUGGACUGGGCACGGCGAUGCCCAUGAUUGGCGGAGUGCUUGCAAGCAAUGCUUCGUCCAUCUUGGGCGCCGGAGUUGCGCUUCACGUGUCUGCGCUUGUCUUCCAUCUCGUCGCGGGUCUCAUAGGCUACUACCUUGCAGGCCUCACAGGUUCUGACGAGUCAGAGCGGCGCACCGUGGCCAUUGAAGUGGCGAUGAAGAACCACGUGUUUGCUUGCAUUCUGGCCGCGGCCCACUUCAAAUCUCCCCUAGUUCAGACUCCGCCUGCCACAGCAUGCAUUUGGUGUCCAAUCAUCGCCGCUGCCAUGUCAGCAUACUGGAAGAGGAGGCCCAGCAAAAGCAGAAAGGAGAAGACGCUGGAAUCGGAUGGCGAUCGAUCCGUUUUUCGCAUGGCUACGCCAUAG